UAGGCAGAUUUUGUUUGUCCCCUUGUUCAUGCUUCAUGCUAAGCUAGUCUAAUUGCAUGCUGUCUUUAGUUACGUACUUAACGCAGCAGUUUGACAUUUUGUGAAAUAUGCUAAUUUGCUUUUUUGCUGAGAUUGGAUAAGAAGAUCAAUACUACUCUCAUAGCUGUCUGCUAAAUAUAGCUUAGCACAAAGACUGGAAACAGGGGUAAACAGCUAGCCUAACUCUGUCAGAAGGUCUCUGAAGCUCACUAAUUAACAUUUUAUAGGUAAAUCUCAUAUCUUGUAUCUCUUCUUUAAUCAGUACAAAAAUCAAAGUGUGAAACCAUGUUCUGGUUUACGUGCUGGACUAUUUUUUCAUUCAGCUUUUGUCAAAGAAAGUGAAUUAGCACAUUUUCUAAGAUGUCAAACUGUUUCUUGAAGUGCUAUAAAGCUUUUGAUUUCUUGUAAAAAAAAAAAAGUGAAGUAGUAGCUUUAAACUGGUGUUAGUCAGAAUUUAGAGAGAGUGAAACAUGUUUAUGGGGGAUUGUUCCGUGAUUUCACUUCUUGUAUUUCUCCUGGCGACCUCCUUCAGACGGCCUUGUGAAGUUCCUCUUGCAGUCACGCUGACAGGAUAGUGUGGCGAAGAGAGUGGUUUAUCCUCUGAAGAUGAGGGAGACAUUCAGUAUGAGAUCCUGGAAAUGCAGAGAGAUGAAGCCAAUCAAAGGCUGUCUGAACUGGAGGAAGUCUCUAAUCAGCUCCUGAAAGAGAUGAACGUAUUAGAGAUCCAGUUCCAGAUUGAGCGUUCCUGCAGAGAGAGUGCUGAGGCGCUGGCUGUCCAAGUGACCAAAGAGAACAAAGUCCUGAAGAGAAGGAGCCAGAUGCUGAUGCCGCUCAUCCCUGAGAUGCCUGAAAACCUGUCUGAUGUGACCUUUGACCCCGAGACCGACCCCACGGUUAACGGUGACGUUGUUGAUUCUGGCGAGAGCAGUAAUGAGGAGACGCUGCUGCUGCAGAGCCAAGCCAAGAUCGCAGAGCUGCAGGCGUCAGUGGACAGUCUGCUGGCUGAGAAGCUGCAGUUGGAGCAACAGGUGGAGGUUAUGAGCAGAGAUCAGGCCCAACUCAGAGAGCAGCUUGCUCUGGAGGUUGAAGAGAAAGAAGCCAUACUGAGGAGAAUGAACAAACAGAGCAAGACCAUGAAUAAAAUCAAACGAGUCUCCCAGCUUGUCACAGAGGAGUUCACAGAAAUGUCUCAGAAGCUGGAGCUGGAGCAGGGCCUCCGGCAACAAGCUGAAGUCUUCGCCCACCAGAUGUUUGUGCAGCAGACGGUGACUGACGGACCUAGCAUGAUGCAGAUGCAGAGCUCAGAUACAGGUCUGCAGCUGCAAAAAGCCCUGGAACAGAUAUCAAACAUCAACACAGCGCUGUGUGAUAUACAACGCUAUUACCAGGACCAGAUGAAACAGAGUCAGAGCUCUGUGGAUGACAGCAGUUUCCUCAGUGAGCUGCAGAACCUGAGAGUUCAGCUGAAGAAGAGCGAGGAGGAGAGGAAGGCCUUAGAAACUCAACUGUCUGAAGCCAACAGUGCUUUCACAAAGGUCCAGGAUGAAGUGAAACAGUUACAAGAUGUACAUAAAAGGGCAGAGACAACGGCCGAACCACAGGAGGAGAAGCCCAUCCAUGCUCCACCUCCACCUCCCCCACCCCCGCCUCCUCCUCCAGCCCCGACCACUUACCACAAUACACUUGAUUUGCUGAGGAGCAGGAGGAAAGAUCGAGCUGAAAAAACAGAUCAAGGCAACUCAGCACCCGCGCCGAACCUGAAGACGAAAGCGAUAGAUGAGAUGAUGGAGAGGAUAAAGAAAGGCAUUGUCCUGAGACCCACCAGCAGAAUACAGGAUGACGACGGCUCGUGGAAGGACCAGAGGAAUGAAAACAGAAAAUCAGCUGUUGUGGAGUUGAAAGGAAUGCUGAAUAACAUGAAACGUCAGACCCACCGUAGAGUUCCCUCCAGGAAGGGAAUCGGCCGAAAUGUUGGGGAGGCGGAGCUCCUGGCGGUGCUACAGAGGAGGAGGAAAGCCAUGGGAGACACCCAGGAACCGCGGUCCUCAACACAAACACAGGACCCCCAGCCAGGUCAGCCGUCUGCCCCGGUGGUGUCAGAUGUUCCCUGGGCAGGCGAGCGCGGCAAUGCCCCUGUUCUUCGGAGACUGAAACAGAACAGGGAGAAGAGAGACUCCCGCAUCCGAGCGUCAGCGCUGAUCGUCGGCCAAGAACACUGAGAGCGGUCAUGGAGAGAAACAAACGCUGUUGUAGUCAAAUUGUCAUUGAUAGGGAUGAGUUUGUUUUGCUUUUACUUCAAAGGGAUGCAUUAUGUAUUUGAAUGUGUAUUGAAUUAAUGCAUGAAUGAACUGCUUCUGUGGUUUCUUGGAAGCUACUGGUUGAUCUUAUACUCUAUUGUAGCUCAAAGACUCAAAGAGUUGUAAUAACUGCCAGAUUGAAUACUGUAAGAAAAUAGUUCCUUUUAUUUGUUUUAUCCUCCUGAGAGUAGCAGACGGGUGGGUUAUAUUACAAACAAACAUCAAAUUCCACAUUUUUUUCCAACAUUUUCAGAUACCAUUUAACCCAGAUCUGCUUCACAUAUCCAGUACUUGUUGCGUGUCAAAGGAAAUGAAACCCCCUCAGCCGUGUUUAAUGUCCAAUAUCAUUCUCUUAAGGUGCCUGGGUUUAACUGGUUCAAGUGCAAGUUACAGGAUUUUGCAAUUCAGCUACAAAAAAAACUGAUGGAAAAUGGCCAUUGGAAAAAACCCCCACUAUAUGGAUACCCUUGCCCAUUUCUCUCCUGAGGUGUCUGUCUCUUAAAGCUCGAUCCAGCAGAAGGAUGGAGGCUGCCAUUUAUUUAGGCACAUUAAAGCUCUCACACCCAGAGCGCAGAGGUGUUGUUAGAUAAGAGCCCCAGGUGAUCUGCGCGUUUUCCCCCUGAAAGUAUCUUUAAAUGCGGCAGGUCGCCUUUUGUUUUCUCACCUGCCACCCAGAUACUGUAUAUAUGUGUGCAUGCAUGCAUGAAUGAAUACACACACCCUCACACCACGCCAUCUAUCCACCUGCCUAUCUGCCUUUGUUAAAAGCGUUUGAAAGAAGGACAGAAUUACUCACCUUUGACUCUAACACCAUUUUAGUGUCUUCACACUGUUGCACAUUAUAUAUUUACUUUAUUUAGCUCUUUUUCCUAGAGGGCCUGCCUUUCCACUCUCUAGCAUACAUUUUUUAUUGUUUUCCUCCACAGAGGUGUUAGCUUUUUGGAAUAAAGUAAUGUGUGCUGCCCCCUCUGUGUUAUUGAGUCCAUGCACAUGAAAGCCAGUGAGUGUGUAUGUGUGUGUGUGUGGAUGAGAGAGAGAAAGAGGAAGUUCUGAAACUGCUGUAUUCAAGGACACUGAUACAAACAGAAAGGAUGUGUUAUCAACGCACUCAAGGACUGGAUCCAAAU